GACGGUGGAGAGCACACAAGCCGCUUUAGGAGUCGCAAGGUUCAGAGCCCUCGCUGCUGCCUGCGGACCCGCUCGUAGAGUUUGACCACCCGCCCUCUCGCUCGGUUUCCCGGAGCCGCUGCGAUGCUGUCCUGCCGCCUCCAGUGCGCGCUGGCUGCGCUCUCCAUCUGCCUGGCUCUGGGCGGUGUCACCGGCGCGCCCUCGGAUCCCCGACUCCGUCAGUUUCUGCAGAAAUCCCUGGCUGCUGCGGCAGGGAAGCAGGAGCUGGCCAAGUACUUCUUGGCAGAGCUGCUGUCUGAACCCAACCAGACAGAGAAUGAUGCCCUGGAACCUGAAGAUUUGACCCAGGCUGCUGAGCAGGAUGAAAUGAGGCUGGAGCUGCAGAGAUCUGCUAACUCAAACCCAGCCAUGGCACCCCGAGAACGCAAAGCUGGCUGCAAGAAUUUCUUCUGGAAGACUUUCACAUCCUGUUAGCUGUGUUAAUUAUCAUUGCCUAUAUAUGACCUCUGAUCCCUUGCCUCCAAACUGUAUUUCUCUUCCCUAAUCCCUUCAAUACUCAUAAAAACCCUUGCAUUAGAAAUUGAAGACUGUAAAUACAAAAUAAAAUUAUGGUGAAAUUAUGAAAAGCAAGAA